UUCGUUUCUUGUAAAGUUGAUGGCGCUUGGGAAUUAUGGACGCAGUGGAGCGAAUGCACAGUAACUUGCGGCGGUGGAAAGCAGCAAAGAGACAGGAAAUGCAACGAAGCGCAACAUGGCGGACUUAAAUGUAUAGGGGCGCGCAAUGAGUCCCGAGUUUGUAAUGAAUUCCAUUGCCCUGGUCAGUCUAUCAACUCAAGCAUGCGUGUGAAGUGUUUAUACCAUAGAAAUAUAAUUCUAGAAUAUGAACACCUUCCUUUCUCUGAUUGGAGCGAAUGGACAAAAUGUCCGGUUACUUGUGCCGGAGGAAUACUAAGUAGACAGCGAAUUUGCGAUGGACCAUACUUUGACGGUAAAACAUGCGAUGGUCAAGCAAAUCAAGCCGUUGAGUGCAACACGUCACCUUGCCCAGGUAACAAAUAUGAUGGUUACGGUAGCAAGGUAGUGGUUUGA